AUGCAACUCACCUCUCUCCUCGCGGUCGCUCUGUCGACCCUCGCCGCCGCAGUCCCCGUCACCCCCGGCGCUCGUGCAGACAGCCCGUCUCUCACCUGGCACGUCUCCAACUUCGACACCGGCUGCUCGCCCGGCGGUUGCGUGUACACCUUCAACAUCUUCGGCGUCGCCAGCCAAAACACUCCGGGAUUCAAUACCCACUGCAACGGAACCACCACCACGUCCGACGGAGACGACUAUGCGCUGUGCGAUGACAAGCACGUCAAGGCACAGGUCGUCGCAAAGCCCUACCCCGUCUGGAAUGUGAAGGCCCAGCAUUCCUGGUUUACGAACCAGGGAGAGGCUGAGUUCUUUGCUCUCGGCCAAACCAAUGUCACUUCGUCGAUCAAGAACUUUACCAUCCCGGUGACCGAGGUGAGUGACAUCAUCCCCACCAGCAUCGCCUUCUUCUCACCCUCUUGCAACUUCACCUCGUUUAUCUCACCAACACAUCUCCUUUUGCUUCUGCUUUUUCUCGCGUUUCUCUCUGAAGCUGCGACUUCAAUUCUCAAUCCAAUCUAUACCCCCGCCACCGGAGCGCGGUACGCCACAUCACAACCGGGUGGGUCAUUCAAUACCAAUGCACCAGCUGCCCCCGCAUUCAUAGAUUUCAUGGCGUCAAUCCUCCGACAGAUUGUCGCAGGCCCGAGAUUGCAGCACCCCGAGGCCGGCCUCGAUCUCUGCUACGUCACAGAUAACAUCAUCGCCACGUCCGGUCCUUCGGCGAACUAUCCACAACGCGCAUACCGCAACCCGCUCGACGGCCUCGUGCGUUUCCUCGACGCCAAACAUGGCGAGAAUUGGUGCAUUUGGGAAUUCCGUGCCGAGGGCACCGGAUACCCGGACGACCAAGUCUACGGCCGCAUCCAUCACUACCCCUUCCCAGACCACCACCCGCCGCCGUUUGCGCUCAUCCCCGCCAUGAUGGGAAGCAUGAAGAACUGGCUGCACCGGCUGGACGGUUCGCAUUCCGACGACGCAGGGAAGAGGGUCGCCGUUGUGCAUUGCAAAGCCGGAAAGGGCCGCAGUGGCACCGUCGCCUGUAGCUACCUGAUCAGCCAGGAGGGGUGGAAGAUGGAGGACGCGUUGCAGCGGUUCACGGAACGGCGGAUGCGCGCCGGGUUCGGCGCCGGCGUCAGCAUCCCCAGCCAGCUGCGCUGGGUUGGAUACGUGGAUCGCUGGACGAACGGCAUGAACAAGAUGUAUGUCGAGCGUCCGGUGGAGAUUCUCGAGUUACAUGUGUGGGGCUUGAGGGAUGGUGUCAAGGUCGCUGUCGAAGGGUUUGUUGACGAAGGCAAGAAGAUCAAGUGCUUCCAUCUGUUCCACCGCAGCGAACGCACUGUCGUCGAGGGUGAUGGCCGCGAUAAAACGACUACCACCGACAGCCCUACUAAAGAACCUGUAUCGGCUGUGACAAAUUCCAGCGCGACGACCAUCAGCUCUGCCGCCGCUAGUGCAACGUCGUCUGGUGACACAGGCUCUUCUGCAGGACACACGACUGGGGCCCUCUUUCGCCCGAAGAAACCCGUCAUCCUUCCCACGUCAGAUGUAAACAUCGACUUCGAGCGCCGAAGCAAAGCUGCGUACACCGGGUGGGCGAUGGUGACGUCUAUCGCGCAUGUCUGGUUCAACGCGUAUUUUGAGGGCGGUGACAAACAUGAUUCCGGGGUCUUCGAAGCCGAAUGGGACGCCUUGGAUGGGAUCAAGGGAACCACGAAGAAAGGCAUCCGGGCACUCGACCGUGUGAAGGUGGUCUGGCGGUAUCCACACCCAUCUCAACUAGGCAUCCAGGUUUCGGCCAAAGAGGAGGCCGCUCCCGUGCCAGGCAAGCGCAUCUCGGAGCCUAAACCAGGAGAGACGAUCCCGGAAAGCCACGCGGCUGACUGGCGGGGUCGGGAUGUAGGAGACAUCCAGGAGAGCCUCGGACGAGACCAGGAGAACAUACCGAUCCAAAUCCCAGAGGGAGGGAAUGAUCAGCAGAAAGGCCUGUCCUCCGAGACGGACCACCCUCUCCUCACUAGUAUCAGCACCGCAGCAGCUGGUGCCGCAUCUGCAGUUGUCCAUUCUGCGCAAGGCCUCGGCAAAGAGCUAGGUCUUCGGAAGCAAACUGACGAGAGUCAGGACGUCAGUCUGGCAGAGAGUGAUGACAAUUCUCCUGUGUUGGGACGAAGGCGUCAUGGCGGCAAGAUCGCGGAAGAGGGACAAACGAAGCAAGACGAUAAUGAUGAUUUUGAGGGAGUCCGUCCGUACUUUGGGGAUGAAGAAGAGGUGAAAGAGCCCUCAGGCAGAAAAGACGGGCCAUCAUCUCGCGACAAGAACUGA